UCUUCCACACUAUCAGAAGAAAUCAGAGCACUGAGCACACACCCACAGAGAGAGAAAGAGAGCCCUUGCUUCUUCCACUGGAACUACUUCUUCUUACUCUCUCUCCGCUACGAUCGCAAAUCAGCGAAGUUGUCUGGUGAGUUCUUUCUUCCAUUGCUUCUGUUUGUUUUCUCCUUGUUAUUCUUUAAUUUUGGGGUUUUUCUUCUUCUUUUUUUUUGUUUCUUCUUUCAACAUAAAUUGAAGAUGACGAGCGCAAAGGAUAUGGAUCAACCAGGUCACGGUUUUCAUCCAACUGAGAAAGAAUUGAUUGACUAUUAUUUACCCCAUAAGAUUAGAGGAAAUCAUUCCCACGUCUCUGCAAUUGCAGAGAUUGAUAAUAUCUACAAACACGAGCCGUGGGACUUACCUGGGCGGGUGGCGAAUCCAUCAUCAAUGGAUAUAUGUCAUUUCUUUUCUCCUAGAAACAGUGAACGUACUAAAAGGCUAACAGAGUUUGGUUUCUGGAAAGUGACUGGCAAGAAACGUGAGAUCAAGAACAGAGAGAACCAAGUCAUUAUCAAGCGAUAUUUGGUUUUCUUUACAGGUCGAUCGAGUAACCCAGUCUGGACUGAAUGGGCAAUGCACGAGUAUUAUCUGAAGCCCUCGUCUCCCAAUGAGAGGGGUUAUGUUAUCUACUGCUUGCAUCAGAAGCCAGUCAAGCCACCAAAAAAGAGUGUCAUUUCAGUGGUUGAUAAAGGUGAACCUGGUUGUGAUUCAGCUUUGGUGUUUGAAACUCCUGUCACAAAUAUGUCAUCAUCAGAGAUAGACCUUGAAGAAUUUAUGGAUGAAAUAUUGAACUCUGAUGAGCAGGAUUUCACCUCCCCCACUGGACAGCAGCCAAAUAUGCACAUUAGUCAGAGCCCCUCUUUUGUGAAUGUUCUGGGAACUAAUGGCACUAUUGAUGAUCCAUUGUCUCGAUUUGGCAUUAGUGAUCUGCAAGACAAAAACACAGAGUCGGUGAAGACUGGUGCCAGUGGGGAGCAAAACAACAUCUCAGAGUUGGAGAAAUCAUAUUCUGCUAGUAUUGACACUGCUCCUGGAGGCGAUAAUUUUUGGGACGAGGUUUGGCAUUGAUAGUUCCUACAUAC